AUGCUUCAGGAGCUCGGUAAACACGCUCUGUUAGCAAAAACUGAUAUACAGUCAGCUUUCCGCUUACUACCGAUAAGCCCAGAGGAUUUUGAGCUUCUCGGUAUUAAAUUCAGGGGCCAAUAUUUCUUUGACAAAUGUUUACCAUUUGGGGCAUCGAUAUCUUGUGCAACAUUUGAAAAGUUUUCUUCAUUUUUAGAGUGGUCAAUUUUAAAACGCUCUGGUUCAAAAAAUGUAAAACAUUAUCUUGAUGAUUUUUUGUUCGGAGGGAAACCAAAGUCAUUAGAAUGCCACAGUUUACUGGAACAAUUUUUCGAGUUGUGUAAAGAUUUAAACGUGCCUCUUGCCGAUAAUAAAACGGUUUAUCCUACAACAGUUCUCAUAUUUGUUGGGCUUGUCCUAGAUUCUGACGAAAUGGUGAUUCGCAUCCCCCAAGAAAAGCUAAAAGAGUUAAAAGAAAAAUUACAAAUUAUGCUUUCAAAAUCAAAAACUACUUUACGGCACCUUCAGUCAUUAAUAGGUAGCCUUUCAUUUGCGUGUAAAGCAAUUCCUGUAGGAAGACCGUUUUUACGUAGGCUUAUUGACUUGACCGCUGGAGUUGUACCUGAAAAACACCAUCAUUUAAGGAUAUCCCAAGACAUAAAGGCUGAUUUACUCAUUUGGCAGUCCUUCUUGUCACAGCAUAAUGGAGUAUCAAUCAUUCCUGACAAACUUUGGCAAGAAAACCAGGAUAUUCAUCUGUUUACUGACAGUUCAGGCAAAGGCUAUGGUAUUUUCUUAAAUGGCAGUUGGGCUAACAGUGUAUGGCCAGAAAGUUGGGUUAUUAAUGGAAUAACUAAAGAUAUAACAGUACUGGAACUAUUUCCGAUUCUAGCUUCUGUAUUUCUGUGGCCUGCUGAACUAGCUAAUAAGAAAAUUUUAUUCAGGUGCGAUAAUAUGUCUGUAUGUCACAUCAUAAACAAAAUGACCAGUAAGUCUAAACCAGUGAUGACAUUAGUAAGGAAGUUUGUUCUACAGUGCCUAAAAUACAACAUUAUGUUUAAAUGUAAACAUAUCUCAGGUGUUCAUAACGGCAUUGCUGAUGCCCUUUCAAGGUUUGAUUUUCAGCGCUUCGGCCAAUUAGCCCAAGAUGCGGCCAGGAUUCCGGCACAAGUACCUCCACAUCUACUGAAAAUUUAUGGAAGUUAG